AUGUCAAAUUUGAACGGCACAGACUCGCCAGUCGACGCAGAAUCCACGAAACACGACCAGCCAAAAGAGGCCCGUCCAAGAGAGAGCGAGCAGGGGAGGGAGGAGCCCGGUAUACCGCCCAUGACGUCUGAGCAGAUCAACCUGCUCAUCCUCACCUACCUCUCCGAAGCUGGCUUCAAGCAUUCCUCGUUCGCCUUUCUACACGAGAGCCGUCUGAGCGACUCAAAGAUGCUCGACCUCGAAGUACCGCCUGCCCGGCUGAUCAGGCUGCUUCACAAGGCUCUGCUCUACUUGGAAGCAGAAGCGAGGUUCAGGGGCGACGACACGAGCCGGAACCCGCCUAGACUGGUGCAGUACGACAUUCCUGACGCUCUCCCACUGCCCAGCCUGCUCAAGACGCAGCAAGCCAUCAACGGCACCUCUCAGACCGACACACGGCUCAGGAGAGACGUCGAAGUCCAGACGACAGCGUCUGAUCUCACCCAGCAGCCUGUGAAAGCCGACUUGCCUCACUCGACGGCUGCUCAGGUGACCGGCGACCCCUCGGCGCCAAUGGCUCUCGACGAGAGCUCACCAAGGCCGGCGACUGCUGACCUCGUUCCUGCUGAAGAACCCAACGAGUCUAGUCUCCCUGUCGGCAUGCCCGCGGAAACGACAUCAGACACAUCGGCUGACGUCCAAAGGACGCUCAAACGAAAGAACACGUCGGACGGCGACGCUGAUAUGAGCACUGCGCCGCACGAUAUUGUGCAGCCAGGCGAAGUACCACAGCAGAACGAGGAUGAUGCAGCGUCGGCUGCUAAGCGAGUUCGGAUGGACGAAGAGCCUGUCAUCCAACUAGGCAAUGCUAUAGUCGAUGGGAGCACGAAUGCUCACGACCCAUCGCCGGGUGCUGCAGAUCCGGUCGCCCCCAUCAGCGCACACAAAGAUGGACUACUCCGAGAGCAAGUAGCGACAGAGGAGCCUGCGCUUCCCACCCCACCUCUGUUGGAAACGCCAAUAGAAGCGACAGCUAUACCCAGGAAGCGGUCCAAAUCACCGGCCAUCUCCAUGAAUGCGCUGACCUCAAAAGAUCCACCGCCGCCAGUUCCAAAAGUGCGCGCGCUAUCGCCUGUCGUGCGGACAGUCACCACUACUACCACUACGACCACGAAAGUCAGGCCAGGCAAGACCGCGAAAGCGGCAAAGGCGAUACCGCCGCCUCCGCGAAGGAAACCUGAAGCGAAUGACGAGGCCAAGCCAGCCGUGAAGCCAAUCUCAGACGUAGAGCCACAAUCAGCGAUCAAGACUGAACCUGCGCCGACCACGCUCCCUGCGCCUGCUCUCGCGGCGGCGCCACGAGAUGAGCGGCCAGCGCCAUUACUGAAGACGAUCGCACAUCAAGACGUCAUGAAGCUCAAAGGCCACAGCAACUCCGUUCAGGCAUGCUCUUGGAACCCGAAAGUCUCUUCGAUGCUCGCGACGGGGUCACACGACUCCACAGCGCGGAUAUGGGAUGUCCCACUCACUGCACCAACACCCAAUGCAACCCUUGAAGACUCUGUACUCUGCAAGCACGCCUCUGCGCAACGGAAAGCCGACGUACCUACCUGUCGAUGGAAUCCUGACGGCACGCUCUUUGCAACAGGAUCUGAAGACGGCAUAGCGCGCGUAUGGACACCGUCGGGCGAUCUGCACCUCGUACUAUCGAUGCAUCAGCAAACGAUCUAUAGCCUGCGCUGGAACUCGACGGGCACAAUGCUACUGACCGGCAGCCUCGAUCAUUCAGUCUGCCUGUGGGAGCUCGGUUCUGGGCGAGUGAAACAACAAUGGGAGAGUCAUGCGGAUUCGGUGCUCGAUGUCGACUGGCUAGACGAUACCGUCAUGGCCUCUGGCUCGAUGGACAAGACUAUUCACAUACUGAAGAUUGGGCGGUCGUCGCCAGUACAUCGAUUCAAAGGUCAUCAAGACGAGGUCAACACAAUAUCAUUCGAUCCGGGAAGAACAAUGCUAGCGAGCGGAUCAGACGACCAGUCUGUGCGCGUCUGGUCAAUGCGCGGGAUAGGCGGUAAUGCGACGGACGAGCUAGACGACAGCGAAGAGCACAACGUCAUCAAUAGGCGAGAUGGGUGUCUCAUUCUCGAGGGCCACGAGCGAGAAGUGCACACGCUCGCAUGGCAUCCUGGCACCCGGCCAGGCGCGACACGAAUAUUAGCAUCCGGGUCUUUCGACGGCGACACGCGGCUGUGGGAUGUCGACAAAGGCACUUGCAUCUUCAGGCUAUCGCGACACACGGAUUUUGUCUAUUCGCUCGCGUUUCUGCCCUUCCACGGCACGUAUUUGGCGACAGCUUCAAACGACGGCCUGAUGUCUAUCUGGCGCGUAGCAGAUGGCAAGCUGCUGAUGGACUUUCAGCACGAGGGACCGAUCUAUGAGAUCGCAUGGCAUCCGGCGCGGCCCCAGAUCGCAGUGGGUGGCCUGGCAGGCCUGGCAGUAGUAGGCACAAGCGAUCUCGACGCUUGA